ACAGGACGGGACGGGACCGGACCCAGCGCCCCGCGGGCCAUGCGCCUCCUGGCCACGGCGCUGGCCGCCCUGCUGGCCACGGCCCCGGGCCCAGAUGUUUGUGAGGCUUUAAAUGUGACGGUCUCUCCUGGACCAACAGUGCAAUACUUCGAGGGAGAUAAUGCUACCCUUUACUGCCACAUUUCUCAAAAGAGAAAGACAGACAAUUUGCUGGCUGUGCGGUGGGUCUUUGCUGCAUCACCUACCCAGGAGCAUCUGAUGAUCAAAAUGACAAAGUUUGGGUCUGUCCAGUACUAUGGAAAUUAUACUCAUCAUUUCCACAAGCAAAGACUUCAUCUUCUUAAGGAGAAACAUGGAACUAUGUACAAAUUUCUUAUUUUAAGUCUCCAGCAAACAGAUCAAGGACGUUAUAUAUGUAAAGUCCAGGAAAUCGGCAAACACAGGAAUAAGUGGACAGCAUGGUCAAAUGGCACAGCAGCUACUGAAAUAAGAGUGAUUUCAUCAAAAUCUUCUGAUCAUCCUAUUUUCAAGAAAAAUCAUGAAGCUUGGAAAUUUUUUGAAGACCUAUAUGUGUAUGCAGUGUUUGUGUGUUCCAUAGGAAUCAUCAGCGUCCUUCUUUUUACACUUGUCAUUCUCUGUCAGUCACUUCUGAACAAGAGGAGAUCCACAGUGAAGCAUUACCUCGUGAAAUGCCCCCAGAACAGUUCUGGGGAAACAGUUACCAGUGUGACAAGCCUGUCUCCUCUACAGCCUAAGAAGGUAAAGAAAAAGAAAGAGAAAGAGCAACUGGAGCAGCCACCAGCCAUUCCAGCAAAAGCUCCAAUUGCUAAUAAUUUCCCUAAGCCCAAGCUCUUGAAACCUCAAAGAAAACUGAUCCUGCCAAAAAUCGCAGAGGAGAAUUUAACAUAUGCUGAACUUGAACUUAUGAAGCCGAUUCAGGAAGCCAAAGGCAUUUCCAGUACGACAGUCUACGCACAGAUACUCUUUGAGGAGAACAAGCUGUAAUAGUUCAUGCCUGUAUAAAUGUCUUAUGUCUGUGUUCUAUUUAA